AUGUCCAAGGUAAAAAUUCCAAACUUCAAACUCAAUAAUGGAUUGGAGAUUCCGGCCCUGGGCUACGGUACUUGGUUGGGAGUUAAUGAUAAGAUAGAAUUUAGAAUAGAAGACGCACCAAAGCUAGUGGAAGCGAUGUUGUAUGCUAUCGACCUCGGCUAUAGACACUUUGACACGGCCCACCUGUAUCGUGUGGAACCAGAAGUCGGUUUCGCUGUUAGGAAGAAGAUUGAGGAGGGCGUGGUGAAACGGGAAGAUAUUUUUGUAACUACCAAGAUCUGGCAACACAACCACCGUUUGGCUGAUGCUGAAGCCUCUGUCCGCGCGUCUCUGAGGAGGAUGGGUUUGGAUUAUAUUGAUCUUGUCGUCAUCCAUUGGCCAAUGGCGAUAAAUGAAGACGGCAUUGACGAAAAAAUUGACUACUUGGAAACAUAUCGCGGUCUGGAGAACGCUUACAACGCGGGUCUUGUGAAAGCCAUCGGCGUCUCCAAUUUUAACGUGGAACAAAUGAGACGCUUGCUUGCCAACUGUACCAUCAGGCCAGCUGUCAACCAAAUACAGGUCAAUCUUAAUCUUCUCGAAAAAGAUUUGGUGUCGCUGUGCCAAGCUGAGGAUGUUUUGGUCGUCUCUUAUUCAUCUUUCGGGGGGAUGACCAAAGCCUACGAUAAGACCUCGCCGGAACCGAAAAUAGACAAUCCCAUCAUGACAAGAAUGGCGAACAAGUAUGGAAAGAGUGUUACUCAACUUGUGUUGAGAUUUUUGUAUCAAAAACGAAUUGCUACCAUCCCCAAAUCUCUAACCAAAAGUCGUAUUCUGGAAAACGCAUCCAUCUUUGACUUUGACAUUGACAGCGAAGAUGUUGCCACACUAGAAAAAUUCGAUUGCGGCUACCGUUCGGACCGUCCUAUAUUCUGGCAAGACUACACACACUACCCCUUCGAGAAAAUCGAGAAUGUUCCCAGUAUGGAAAUACCGUUAGCGCUGCGAAAGUGGAAAAAUGGCGCCAACCUUGAUAUUGAUUAA